AUCGAUAGCGACAUCGGUGUUUUGACAGCUCUACUGUCAAUUUUCUUUUCCUUUCUUUCCGGUCUCUGCUCCAUAGAAGACGCAAACAUGUUCAUGCCAAAGGCCCAUCGUGUCGCUAUCUACGAAUACCUCUUCAAGGAGGGUGUAAUCGUGGCCAAGAAGGACUUCCACGCCCAGAAGCACCCUGAGCUGGAGUCGAUCCCCAAUCUGCACGUCAUCAAGGCUCUGAAGUCUCUGCACUCUCGCGGCCUCGUCACGGAGCAGUUCGCCUGGAGGCACUACUACUGGUACCUCACCAACGAGGGAAUCGAGGAGCUGCGCAGCUACCUGCAUCUGCCCCCCGAGAUUGUGCCCUCGACCCUGAAGCGUCCCGCUCGCUCGGAGACUGUGCGCCCGCGCCCAGCCGCUGGAGGCCCACGCGGCCCCGGAGACGCCUCCAAAACCGGCGAGGACCGUUCGGCCUACAGACGCGCUCCCGGUGGCAGUGGUGUUGACAAGAAGGGUGAUGUUGGACCCGGCGCCGGUGAGGUCGAGUUCCGUGGCGGAUUCGGACGCGGUUCCCGUAACUAAGUCACUUGCUGCGUUUCAGUUUUUUUAUGUAAAAUUAAUUCACAGUAAAGAAACUAAUGUUGAACUGAAGAUUCCCCUCAACAAAAACAACAAAAAAUAAGAAAAAUACAUCAGAAAUGUGUGUGUUUUAUGAAUGACCAUCCAAUCCAAUUAUAAAACAAACGCAAGU